AUGGUUCAUAUGAAUCAAGGUCAGGGAGAAACAAGCUAUGCUCGCAACUCUGCUUUUCAGAGCGCUCAGCAGAACAGAAUGAAACUCCUGAUAGAAGCAGCCAUCAUUGACUUAGGCAGCAAUACCAACACUUUGUUGCCCCAAAAGGUUGUGAUCGCUGACUUGGGCUGCUCCACUGGCCCAAAUGCCCUUGCACUUGUAUCGAUCGCCAUCAAGGCUAUUCAGAGUUACUGUCUUCAGCUCCAGCAGCCGUCACCGGAACUACUUGUGUUCCUCAAUGACCUUCCUGACAAUGACUUCAACAUGGUCGUGAAGAGCCUAGUCACGCUCCGUCAAAGCAAGAAGCCUCUUGUCAUGAUUGGUGUCACACCAGGGUCGUUUUAUGAGAGGCUCUUCACCAGUAGCUCAUUGCAUCUUGUGUGCUCAUCCAGUAGCCUACAAUGGCUCUCAAAGGUGCGAGUAUAA